CAAUAAUAUCGUGAUGAAUUGUUUAACUGGGCGAGAAAAAAUAUAAAAGAGACCAACGACGUGUUUAGCAUAUUAUAUUGAUGUUCAACUUUGUUGUGUCUGCACAAAAGAGCAACGGCUUUAUCCCGCUGUAAAAGAAGAAAAUUUUUCAUUCUAUAAAGAAGAUUGGAGAAAAGGAACCAGUGGUUCUGUAGUGCUUAACACGAUCUGUGUCGAGAGAACUUUUCUGGAAGAGUUUUUCUGACCAAGAAUUAGUUCAAACAGUCACAAGAUUUCGCAGUACAGUGUAGAAGAGCUUAUUGAAGCUUUGAAAAACUAGUUGAGUUGUCAUUUGCCAAGAAAAAAGAUUGUUUCGAAAGAGAAGAUGAACACUGAAAACGUUUUAGUUGAUCACACCGGCGAGUCUUCCACUCAAAGCCUUGAAAACAGCGAGGAGACUUGUUUCGGUCAGUCCCUUUUAAAGUUUAUGACGUUGGCAACUGGAAGCGUCAAAACAGCUUUACAAAAACCAGAAAACUACAAGAAGAAUAUCAAUCAUCGAAGAUAUCUGCAGAAACAGUUGAAGAUCUGUCCAAGGCGCAAACGACGCAAUACUAAAGGUACAACACCACACAAGAAGAAAAACAAUAAUCACAUUAAAGCUCAACAAAACUUAAUGUUUAAUAAGUCAAAUAACGAAGUCUUCCCAUUGUCCAAUGGAGAACUAAAUCCUCAGAAUAACAUGUUUGUUUCACAUAACACUGCACAAGUUCUUUCUCCAUCUACCAACGAAAUCCAGACGUAUUUGGCCAACGACUUUCACAGUCAAUAUGCAUGGAAUAGUUUUGCUUGUUCUCCUGAUUAUGGAAAUCAAACAGAUCCUUUCUCGCCUCUUACAACCUUGUGUACGAAUUCUUUUGUCAGAGAUGAUUCGUUUCAUGGAUUAAUCAAUGAAGAAUCAGAACAAUUUUUGACGGGAGAAGAGUUGACACAAGUUUUAGAUAUAAAGGAUCUUUUUGUCCCCGAAAAAACUUUGAUAGGCCAUGAAGAAAGUGAUGACGUUAGCUUAAAAACUUUGUCGUGCCGAAAUUUUGAAGAAAAUGUGUUUGAUGGUUUUCAAACUGUGCCUUCAACGAUGGGUAUUUUGACUUGGUAGUUGGUUUAAAGUUUAAACACAAUGAUUCAGUUGCCUACAACGAUGGUAUUUUGACUUCGUAGUUAGUUGAAACACGAUGAAUCAGUUGCCAUCAACGAUGGGAAUUAUGACUUGGUAGUUAGUUAGUUUAAACGCAAUGAAACUGUACACACUUUCAUCAAAAUUAAUAUGACAUGUAAUAUUGCAAAAAAAAUUUAGAUGAAAUGCUAUGUAAAUGACUUCAGUGCUAUUUCAAAAUAUUUACAAUUAAGACUUAUAGCUAUUUCAAGCUUGAAGAAA